CAGUCGCCUUCACCUACUUCUUUCCCACCGCACCCCACAACAGCCACAACAAUAACAACACUCACCUGGCGACACGCGUUGUCGCCGUCGUCUCCGCUGCGAGUGCAAGCGUCCAUCUGCCCUUGUUCCAUUGUAGCUUGUCAAGCUCCCACUACCACCAUGGACGAUCUCUUUGACGUCUUUGACGACACCCCGCAGGCGGUGAAGAAUGCGCCCAAAAAGAGCAAAAAGCGCCAGGCCAACGGCGAUGUAAAGUCGCCCAUUUCAGAGGACGCGCUCAUGACUGACGCGCCUAUUACCGCCGACAACGAGCCUGUCCGGCAAACGGAGGAUAAGGUGCCCAAACGACAGAAGCGCGAUGCCGAAGCUGAGCCUGUCGUGACUGAUGCUUUCGAGACAGAGCAAUCGCGUGAGAUUGCGGCUGCCGCAGGAUUGCAAGCCCAGACUCAGGAUGGUCAGGCAGUGGUGCUUUCGCAUCAAGUCCGGCAUCAGGUCGCUCUUCCGCCCGACUACGACUAUGUACCCAUUUCUGAACACAAACAACCCGAGGACCCCGCACGGACAUGGCCUUUCACUCUCGAUCCUUUUCAGCAAGUCUCUAUUGCUUCUAUCCAGCGAAACGAGAGUGUUCUUGUGUCCGCACACACAUCUGCAGGAAAGACGGUAGUAGCUGAAUACGCUAUUGCACAAUGUUUGAAGAACAACCAGCGUGUCAUCUACACCAGUCCAAUCAAGGCGCUCAGUAACCAAAAGUACCGAGAGUUUUUGGAAGAGUUUGGUGAUGUAGGCCUCAUGACGGGCGAUGUCACUAUAAACCCAACCGCGACGUGCUUGGUGAUGACGACAGAGAUUCUGCGUUCUAUGUUGUAUAGAGGCUCCGAAAUCAUGCGCGAGGUUGCCUGGGUUGUGUUUGACGAAGUGCACUACCUUCGAGACAAAUCUCGCGGUGUGGUGUGGGAAGAAACCAUUAUCCUUCUACCGGACAAAGUUCGAUACGUCUUCCUCUCUGCUACCAUCCCCAACGCUAUGCAGUUCGCCGAAUGGAUCACCAAGACGCAUAACCAGCCGUGCCAUGUUGUGUACACCGAUUUCCGACCGACACCGCUGCAACACUAUUUCUUCCCUGCGGGGGCCGACGGUAUCCAUCUAGUCGUCGAUGAGAAAGGUGUGUUCCGCGAAGAGAACUUCCAGAAGGCAAUGUCGACCAUAGCGGACAAGGCUGGAACCGACGCGGCAGACUUCUUGGCCAAGCGCAAAGGAAAGGGAAAAGAUAAGAAGACAAACAAAGGCGGCAACAAGGAGGGCGGAGGAGACAUCUACAAAAUUGUCAAAAUGAUCAUGGUCAAGAGCUACAAUCCAGUCAUCGUAUUCAGCUUCAGCAAGCGCGAAUGCGAGAACUAUGCUCUUGCUAUGAGCCAACUGUCCUUCAAUGACCAAUCGGAGAAGGAUAUGGUGUCCAAGGUCUUCACCAGUGCUAUUGCGUCUCUUUCUGAAGAGGAUCGCGAGUUGCCCCAAAUCAAGCACAUUCUCCCUCUUCUGCGUCGGGGUAUCGGUGUUCAUCACUCUGGGCUUCUUCCAAUUUUGAAAGAGACUAUCGAGAUCUUGUUCCAGGAAGGCCUCAUCAAAGUUUUAUUUGCCACGGAAACCUUCUCUAUCGGGCUCAAUAUGCCUGCGAAAACGGUGGUAUUCACUAGUGUGCGCAAGUUCGACGGUGUCUCACAACGAUGGGUCACUCCAUCCGAGUUCAUUCAGAUGUCCGGCCGAGCCGGUCGUCGUGGUCUAGAUGAACGCGGUAUCGUCAUUAUGAUGAUUGAUGAAGCAAUGGAGCCUGCUGUCGCCAAAGAAAUUGUACGCGGUCAGCAAGACAACCUCAAUUCGGCCUUCCACCUAGGUUACAAUAUGAUUCUCAACCUCGUGAGGGUCGAAGGCAUUUCACCAGAGUUUAUGCUCGAACGUUGUUUUUUCCAAUUCCAGAACACGGCAAGCGUUUCUAGUCUCGAGAAGGCAUUGCAAGAUUUGGAGAACGAGCGAUCGCAAAUGAUGAUCACCGAUGAAAGUUCGAUCAAGGAUUACUAUCAACUGCGACAGCAGCUCGACACCUCUACCAAAGAUAUGCGGGACGUCAUAAUGCACCCCAAUUACUGUCUACAAUUUCUCCAGCCUGGCCGUAUGAUCAAAGUCAAAUACAAGGAUCACGACUUUGGCUGGGGCGCUGUUGUGGAGUUCAAAGUACGAAAGCCCAACAAGGGCGAGACUCUCACGCCUCAAGAGUCGUACUUGGUCGAAGCCCUCCUUGUGGUAGCUAGCGACGUCAGCCAUGUGCCUCACAGCAACGGUGAAUUGCCACCCGGCGUCCGACCACCACCUCCCGGAGACAAAGGCAAGAUGGAGGUAGUGCCUAUUGUCCUGAACUGCAUUGAAUCCAUCGGUCAUCUGCGUGUAUUUUUACCGCAGCGGGUAGACUCAUCCGAGGCUAAGGUCAAGGUGCGGAAGGCUUUGGAUGAGGUCAAGAAGCGAUUUCCGGACGGUAUUGCCAUCCUGGAUCCAAUCGAGAACAUGAAUAUCCACGACGAGAGUUUUAAGAGACUUUUACGAAAAAUCGAAGUUCUCGAGUCGCGUUUGCUCUCCAACCCUCUGCACAAUUCGCCGAGACUCCCGGAUCUCUACAGCCAGUACUCUAAGAAGAUGGGGCUAGGUGAACAAAUCAAGAGCACCAAGAAGGACAUAGCUAGUGCGCUCUCGGUGAUCCAGCUGGAUGAACUCAAGAACCGCAAGCGAGUUUUACGACGACUAGGAUUCAUAGAUGAAGCCGGUGUCGUCCAGAUCAAAGCUCGAGUUGCUUGCGAAAUCAGCACUGGCGACGAACUCGUGCUAAGCGAGCUUUUGUUCAAUCGCUUCUUCAAUGAACUGACGCCCGAACAGUGUGCGGCUUGCUUGAGUUGUUUCAUUUUCGAGGAGAAGACUAAGGAGUCCCCGCCAUUGAAGGAGGGAUUGCAGAAGGCGUUCCGCGACAUUCAAAACCAGGCGAGGGUGAUUGCUAAGAUAUCCCAGGAAAGCAAGUUGCCUGUCAACGAAGAAGAGUAUCUGCAGACAUUCAAGCAUGAGCUCAUGGAAGUGGUCUUUGCAUGGGCCAAAGGAGCAUCCUUUGCGGAGAUUUGUAAAAUGACGGACGUGUACGAAGGCAGCCUGAUCCGCCUGUUCAGGCGUCUGGAGGAGUUGCUUCGGCAGAUUGCCCAGGCAUCCAAGGUUAUGGGCAGUGAAGAGCUUGAGCGCAAAUUCACAGCGGCGCUCGAGCUUAUUAGGCGUGAUAUUAUCGCUGCCCAGAGUCUUUACCUCUAG